GCAGAGGCGGGAAGGGGGGCUCCGACAGGGCCAUGCUUGUGGUCUCCAUCUUCCGGCUGACCCUGCUGCUCUGCUGGCUCGCGGCCCCGUGGCCUGCCCGGCCUGAGGCCCUCUUCCACAUCCGGGGCCGUUGGGACCUGGCGCCGUCCCCGCUGCGCCAGGCCACGCCCAUCGCCAAUCUCCGUGCUGCGCAGCGGUUCCUGUCUACAUACGGCUGGGCGGAGGGGGCCCCGGGGGCGGGGUUCCCGGCCCCAGUGCCCCGGGGUCCCCACCGUGACCAGCUGCCUGAGGGUCCCCAGGGCGCCGCCCUGGCUGAAGCCCUCCGCAGGUUCCAGAAAGUCAACGCGCUGCCUGCCAGCGGGAAGCUGGACGCGGCCACGCUGGCGGCCAUGAACCGGCCUCGCUGCGGCGUCUCCGACGAGCGACCCCAGCUGCCGGCCGCGAGCACCGAGCGCCCCCGCCCGAAGCGCUUCCUGCAACUGCUGUUUCCUGGGCCCGGCCGGCAGCUCGAGGGCUCCCCGCAGCGUGGGGGCACCCUGGCCUUCGCCAAAAGGACCCUAACCUGGAGGCUGGUGGGGGAGGGCUAUAGCGGCCAGCUGUCGGUGCAGGAGCAGCGCUACAUCUUCCGCCUGGCCUUCAGGAUGUGGAGCGAGGUGACGCCCCUGAACUUCCGGGAGGACCUCACCGCCCCUGCGGCCACCAUUGACAUAAAGCUGGGCUUUGGACGAGGCCGGCACCUGGGCUGUCCUCGGGUUUUCGACGGGCGCGGGCAGGAGUUUGCGCACGCCUGGCGCCUGGGCGACAUCCACUUCGACGAGGACGAGCACUUCACCCCUCCCCCCAGCGACACGGGCAUCAGCCUCCUCAAGGUGGCUGUCCACGAGAUCGGCCACGUGCUGGGCCUGCCGCACAGCUACAGGCCAGGAUCCAUAAUGCAGCCGAAUUACACCCCCCAGGGGCCUGCGCUGGAGCUGGACUGGUCGGACAGGAAAGCCAUCCAAAAGCUGUACGGUUCCUGCGAAGGCGCAUUUGACACGGCCUUUGACUGGAUUCGCAGGGAGAGAAACCAGCACGGAGAGGUGACGGUGAGGUUCAGCACCUACUUCUUCCGCCGCAGCUGGUACUGGCUUUACGAAAACCGCAACAACCGGACCCGCUACGGGGACCCCAUCCCCAUCCUCGCGGGCUGGCACGGACUCCCGGCGCAGGACAUAGACGCUUUCGUCCACGUCUGGACGUGGGGGAGGGACGAGCGGUACUUCUUUAAAGGGACGCAAUACUGGAGAUACGACAGCGACAGGGACCAGGCCCACACGGAGGACGAGCAAGGAAGAGCCUACCCCAGGUUGAUUUCGGAAGGGUUUCCGGGCGUCCCUAGUCCGCUGGACACCGCCUUCUACGACCGGAGGAAGCAGCUGAUUUACUUCUUCAAAGGGUCCCUCGUGUUCGCGUUCGACGUGAACAGCAACCGCGUCCUCAGGUCCUACCCGAAGCAGAUGGCCGACGCCUUCCCGGCGAUGGAGCCGGGGGACCACCCGCUCCGCGACCUGGACGCAGCGUACUACUCCUACGCGCACAGGGCGGUCUUCCUGCUCAAAGGCGGCGCGUACUGGCGAGUGGUGGGCGACGGCGACUGGCGGCAGCGUGUGGGGCUCCCGCCCAACGGCGUGUUCCCCCGGCAGCCCGUCCCCCGGAAGUGGUUCGACGUGUGCGACGUGCACGCCUCCACGCUGGACAUGUCGUGAGAGGCGCGGGCGAGCGCAGGGAGCAGGGAGCUGGUGGGGCUCUCCUCCGAGACACGAGGUCAGGUUUCUUUCACCGAGAAAUCCCACCCG